CCAUAUGAUAAAUUUGACAUAUUACUAUUUAAGAGUGAAUUCUUUAUCUGUAUUGUUUUUAUUUUUAUGAAGUAGUAAUUUAUUUUCUAGUUUAUUAAAAGUUUAGCGUAUUGAUCUUGUGAUUUAAGACUAAAGAAUUAUAUUUUGAAAAUGAUUUUGUAUUGAAUGAGUUCAUCCAAAAACAGAAAGAUGUUUGAAAGUCCCGAUACUUUGGAAGAACUUUGCUUAGAGGCAUUCUGUGAAAAUAUUUUGACUUACAUAGAGCGUGCAGAAUGGGUGAAAGACGAGGAGAGUGAUCAUUGGGGUGAAGUUACAGUGUACAAAUUUAAAGAUCCUGAGAUCUUCCUUAUUAGAGAAGUAUCUGAAAAAUUGCUCAAAAAGUUCGUGGAGAAAAGACUGCUAUGUGAUUCACUUUUACAAAUUUUCACCCAAUUGAAUACAAAAUUAAAAACCAUUAGGUUAAAGAGAUCCAAGAUAACCAAGACUGGCUUAAAAAUACUGAAAGAACAUAAAAUUGUUCAAUUAGAGUGUGUAGAUAUGCCAAAAAUUGGAAUUGGUGAUAUUUUAGAUUGUUUGAAUGAGUGGUCAGUAGAAAACAUGUCCAGUGUAAAUUUUGCAAAAUGUAGCUUUAUUGACGAUAUAUCUAGAUAUAAUUUUAUGGUAAGAAUAUUACAUUUAGUCAAUCUAACGAGACUUAAUUUGGCCUACACCGAACUAAAUCAAAAGGUAUUCGAGUAUAUAUGUGAAGAUUUAAAACAUUUACAAAACUUGGAUAUCUCUGGAACCCAAGUAACUGAUCUCAGGCCUUUGACGCAACGCUCGGCCAAACUACAGAGCUUGUCUAUAUGUGAUUUAUCCUGUGCCGAUCAUGUUGCGGAUACUCUACAAACAAUGCAUCAACUACGACAUUUAGACAUUAGUUUUUUUAACGACAAAAUCGACAACAAUGUAAAUCACCUAGACAUCUUACCAAAACUAGAAGAUCCAAACGUCUUACCAGAACUGAUGCUAUUGGAUAUAUCCGGGUGGAAACAUUUCAUUUGCAGACAGUUUUUACUAAAAUUUAUCGAGACGCAUCCGAAACUGCAAGUAAUAGGUAUUGUUCUUUGUUCUAUUACAUUCGAUCCUGUUUUCUCCGACAUGGGCGAUAUAGAGUAUCCCAAAAAUUUGAUCAUCGCAGGUUUGGGAAACGAGGAACAGAUUAAAGUGACGUUAACUAAAUACAAAGACAAGCCAACAUAUGUCCAAAAAGCAAUCUACCAUCUUUUCCAACUAACCGGUGACUUCCACGAAGCGAGACCGGACAUGUUCAAUCUGGUGUUACCGGUCAUGGAAUUGCACACCACCGUAUUCGGCGUCCAAUUGGCCGCUACCGCAUGUUUAUACAACUUGACUCGAGGGGAAUUCUCGAAGAACAUCCACCCGAGAUCCUUACGCAAAGGCGUCAAUUUGACGCUUUUGGCCAUGGAAUGCUUCCCCAAGGAAUUUCAGUUGCAGAAGAAUUCGCUGCUGACGUUGUGCAGCGAUUGGAUAUUGCAGGAAGUUAAUUUCGAUAAGUUCCGGUGUGCCAAGUUGGUGUUGGAUGCUUUGUGUCAUUUCGACGAUGCUAACAUGGACAGGAUGGCUGUGGCGAUAUGCAGUAUUCUCGCUGCUAGGAUUUCAACUGACGAGACUUCAAAACUCGGAGCGAGGCCAGAGUACAUGUGCAAACUUCUGAACAUGGUACGGAGAAGAGUUGACAAUGCGAUAGCCGACAUUACCUUAAAAUUUACUUUGAGUGCUUUGUGGAAUCUCACCGACGAAAGUGCGGCCACCUGCAAAGUAUUCUUAGAAAACAGCGGAGAGGAUAUAUUCUUAGGUGCCUUAAAAAUGUUUAGAAAUAAUUCAGCCAUCGAGACCAAAGUUUUGGGUCUAUUAAACAACAUUGCCGAAGUGGCUAAACUAAGGAGAAACCUGCUAACCGAGAACCUAAUGGACGAACUGUUCGUUCUCUUAAGUUCCGAAAAUAUAGACGUAAGCUAUUUCGCCGCUGGGAUAGUCGCCAAUCUAGCCUCAGAAGGACCAGACUUUUGGACUAUUCAGAACCACAGUCGGGAGCAAAUGCUGGAGGGAUUAAAGAAUUCCGUGGCCAAUUGGAAAGUGCCAGAGAGCGAGAUGGUGGCCUAUAGAAGCUUUAAACCGUUUUUUCCAUUGCUGCAAACAGGGAUGGAUUAUCAAGUCCAAUUGUGGGCUGUGUGGGCGAUACAUCAUGUUUGUACAAAGAAUCCAAAACGAUAUUGUCACAUGCUCCUAGAAGAAAGAGGACGACGCAUCCUUAACGACCUACUAGAAUACGACCACACCCACUAUGAAAUCAAGAACUAUUGCUGUCUGAUACUCCAAACGUUACCAAAUGGCGUCUAAUUGAUCUCCCCUAUACAGGAUACCCGAUACGAGGCUUAGCACUGUGUUGUAAAAGUCCUUUCAGUAGAGAAGUAUUAACAAAACUCCAAAGGCUUUUCAGAGUAAUGUGAUUUUAUUAUUUAAAAAUGAUUUUAAAUGUGGUUUAUUUUUUUGUUAGUAUAGUAGACAUUGUAUUAAGAGCGUAGCCGCAAAAUUUCGAGCCAAUGUUUUUUAAAUGCAUUAAUUUUUUUUUCGAAUCCUGAAAAAACUAAUAAAUAUUUUUGAAAAAUUCAAACGCAGAAUGAAAUAUUACGUUAUUGCCGAGGGCCGAAAGUCCCUGAAAACUUCUAUAAUGUUUAUUUUAAUAAGUUACAUGGGUAAAAAAAAUUUAGUGUGAUUUUAAAUUUCAAAUAUCUCAUUCAAAAGAAACUUUUUGUUUAUUCUAAAGGACAUUCGGUCCUCGGUAAUAAUCUAAUGUUUUAGUCUAUUUUUAAAUGUAUUAGUUUUUUCAGGAUUCGAAUGAAAUUAAUGAAUUUAAAAAUAAUUCGCCCGAAAUUUUGCUCUUACUCUCUUAAAUGUACUAAGUAUUCAGUGGCAACAAUGAGAAGGAUAAAGUACUGUUAUUUUAUUUUUUUCAAAUAAAACAUACCGGCGGGUAAUUUAUUGCAACGGUCAAAGUGCUCUUCCGGGCGGCUCAAUGUUGACUUCUUCUCUUUUUUAAGCGAGUUUUUUCAAAAAACCUUCCACUAUCGUAUCGUCUUUAACUAUGUCUAUAUGUCGUAUUCACAGAAGAAACUUUAGUAGGAAAUAAGUGCAGACAACGUCUUGUCUUCUUAAUAUGACUGUCUACUAUGGAUCUUCUUCUUCUUCAUGUACCAUGUUCUUUCAGAACGUUGGUUACCAUAAUAUCUAUCUUAAGGGGCUAUCCUAGUGUAAAAGUACGAAACUCAUACUCUUUUUAGAAUUUCUAAAAUAAAAAGUACUGUACCAAUUAUUAUGAAAAUUUGCAUG